UCCAUCAGAUAGGUAUAAAGAUGAUAUAAAUCUGCUUAUGAAUACAGACAUGCUUUAUCAAUGACCACGAUAUAUACAUAUUGUAGCAAAAAGAUACCAGUACACAACAGUAUGAUUCUGUUUUGGCUUUCAAUCUCAUUGAUGGCAGUUUUUACCAGUGCUUAUGAUACAGUCACAGUUAGAACAAAUCUAGGCGAAGUGCUAGGUCUACGAAGAGCGGUUCUUGGAAAAGAUCUUUAUGAAUUUAGAAAAAUUCCAUAUGCAAGACCUCCCGUGGGAAAUCUACGCUUUGAGAAGCCUCAACCAUACGGGCCAUGGGGAAGUAUUUUAGACGCUAGAAUGUUCGGUCCCUCUUGUUUCCAAAAUAAAGAUUAUUUUAGAAAAAGUCUAAUGAAUAAAAACAUAUCUGAAGACUGUUUAACUCUAAACAUUUACGUUCCUUCCAGUGUGUCCACUGAUAACAACAAAUCUGUUAUAGUAUGGAUCCACGGAGGAAGUUACGCCUCAGGCAAAGGAUCGUAUUAUGAUGGAUCCAGGUUGGCAGUAACAGGAGAUGUGAUUAUCGUUACUAUAAAUUAUAGACUUAAUAUAUUUGGAUUUCUGAGCUUGGAUGACUUACCGGGAAAUUAUGGUUUAUGGGAUCAGAUUAUGGCUAUUCAAUGGGUCAAGGACAAUAUACCAUCAUUCGGAGGUAACAGUAAAUCUAUAACUAUUUCCGGUGAAUCGUCUGGAGGUUUUAGUGUCGGUUUGCUGUCCAUUGCUCCUAUAAAUAAAGGCUUGUUUCAGAGAGCAAUAAUACAGAGUGGCACCGCCCUCUCUACGUAUUCAGUAGGCAAGUUUACAAAAUUAGCUUCAUUCGAAGCAGCGUCAUAUGUUAACUGUACUGACAAUGACGACUAUGCUAUAGCGCAAUGUUUGAAAGAAGUACCCGCGCAUGCUCUGUACACUGCUUUCCGUCUCCGUCAACGUAGAACAUAUUUACAGAUUGCUUUUGCUCCUGUUGUUGAUGGUGAGCUGCUGUUAGAUGAACCACUCAAUCUGAUGAACAAUUAUAGUUCAGGCGCGUCGAUGUUUUACCGGUCUUUAGAUGUUAUGAUAGGAACUGUGUCUGGUGAGUCAUCUUUGUUGAUUUUAAUACUAAAACGUUUGGAAAGAAGAUUUGGAUUUAAUCUCAAUGAUGGAAUUCCAAAACAGAUUUUGACAAAUAAUAUCGCGCCUGAAAUUUCUAAAAUUUGCUUCAACAAUAGUUUACAUGUUUCCGCGGCCAUAAGUAAAAGAUACGGUCAGUCACUUGACUACAUGGAGCAGACUUAUGAAAUUCUGAAUUCAUACUCCGAUUUUAAUUUUGAUGUACCAUCUCUACAGUCGCUACAGUUACACUCACCAGAGGGACAUCACCAUGGUAGUCAGUUUCAUUAUGUUUUUUCAAGAGAAUCACCCUAUCCGUUAUUUGGAGAAUUGCCAGCAUGGUUUAAUAGGUCAGAGCAUGGAGCUGAAGUUAUAUUUAUGUUUGCUAAUGAAUUUACCAACAUAACAGAGGAAAACAAACCUUUGUCAGAGAAAAUAAUGAAGUACUGGACUAAUUUUGCAAAAUCUGGAAAUGUAAAUGGUCCAGAUUUACCACAAUGGAAGGAAUUUGACAAAGAAAAUGGACAUUUUAUCAAUUUAGACACGAACAUUACAUCAGGUCAACAUCUCCAUGGCAACAGGAUGACCUUCUGGCUAGAGGACAUUCCCAACCUGCUCCAAGACGGAACGUCUGCAGCAUUAAAUAUUAACUAUAAAUAUUCAGUAUGCAUUAACCUGAUCUAUGUCAUGUUCACAUUCAUUGGGUGAUUAGAGAGAGAAGGCUUUUAUACAACUUUUUUUUCUUAUUAUUACAUCUUUUUCGUAAUAUCUUGUCAUUUUUUUUUAUUUGAAUCGGUUGCUUUACUGGUCCGAGUACACAGUUAUUUUCCCCUAUCUGUCUAUUAUAACUUAAUGAUAAAUAAAAAAAAUCCCACCUGCGCUUUUCCAACAAGAUUUGGUGUACAUAAAGUUUGACAUUAACCACAAAACAUAUCAAAAAAUUAGAAAACUUCAUCAGCUCAUUUUCUCUUGACAACACAAAACACAAGGACACCAGUAAGGGUUAAGCCAGA